UCUUUUUACGACACUUCCGGGAUAUGACUUUUUCCCCGGGAAGGCGAUUUGGCGCGGAGUUUGUUGUUUUGGUUUCUUUCUCUGUCACUGUGAAAUUUCUUAAAGCAAAUGGCGCCGGUUUCUAAUCCAGAGAAAGAUGCAGACAGCGCGGAUUACGACGACGGGGCCACUUGCGGUCUCGCUGCGUCCCGCUCCAGACGAGAGAGAAAAGAGAAAGUGGGCCGUAAAUCCGCCUUGGAGCAGAUUAAAAGAGCCAAAAAGGGCGAGAAGGUGAAAUAUGAGGUGGAGGAGGUGAAGAGCGUGUACGAGGAGGUGGAUGAGGAUCAGUACUCGCGGAUGGUCCGGGAGAGACAGGACGACGACUUCAUCGUUGAUGACGAUGGAGCAGGUUACAUAGAAGAUGGCAGAGAGAUCUUUGAUGAAGAUCUGGAGGAUAAGAGUUUGGAAACGAGCUCCAAAAACAGGUCUGGUGCUAAAGGAGGAGACGGCAAGAAUGCCAAGAAAGCGUCCGUGACUAAACCCAACAGCAUCAAGAGUUUGUUCUUGAACAGCAACGUCAAAAAACCCGUCGAGAAAAAUGUGGACCUGUCCAAAGACGAUCUGCUGGGAGACAUUUUGGAGGAUCUGCACUCUGAGAAACCGGUGCUUCUCACUCCUCCGCCUGUCAUCACCCUGAAGAAAAAGAAAGCGCUGGGAUCACCCAUGAACCCUUUCUCCGUCCAAACACAAAGCUCCAAGGAGUCGCCUGUAGCUCCGGCGUCAAAGCCCAAGCAUGCCGUGAUUCGCCCGCCUCCGUCUGAUCUCACGCCUAAACCUGCGUCUAAACCUGCGUCUAAACCUGCGUCUAAACCUGCGUCUAAACCUGCCCCCUCCAUCCAACCCCAGAAACCCAAGGUGGAGGAACCUGAGGAAGCGUGCGACUCGUUAGAUUUUGACGAGGUGGACUUUGAUGAGCCGAUGGAGCUGGGGACCGAGCAGCAGCAGCAGCAGGAAACGGCGGUUAAGGCGGAGACGGAGACGGAGGCGAAGCCCGGCGUUAAAAUGGAGCCGAAAACCGAACCCGAGGACGAGGUGUUGAUAUCAGGCAUGAUGGGCGACUCGUGCUGGGGGAAGAUGGAGGAGGACGAGGUUGAUGAAUCUCCCGUGGAGGUGCAGGUGGACUCCAGUCAGCUGCCGAUGGUGGAAGGAGCUGAUGGAGAAACCGUGUUCCGCUUUUAUUGGCUGGACGCUUUCGAGGAUCAGUUCAACCGACCAGGUGUGGUGUAUCUGUUCGGGAAGGUGUGGAUUGAAUCCGCUAAAGCCCACGUCAGCUGCUGCGUGGCCGUGAAAAACAUCGAGAGGACGAUGUACUUCUUGCCGAGAGAGCGCAAAGUGAACCUGGCGACUGGCGAGGAGACGGACGUUCCUGUCGGAAUGAUGGACGUCUACCAGGAGUUUAACAGCCUCUCGGAAAAAUACAAAAUAAUGAAGUUCAAGUCCAAGAAAGUCGAGAAGAACUACGCCUUUGAGAUUCCGGACGUUCCUACGCAGUGCGAGUACCUGGAAGUGCGAUACUCUGCCGAGAUGCCCCAGCUGCCGUCCGAUCUAAAAGGCUCCACCUUCUCGCAUGUCUUUGGUACAAACACCUCCAGCUUGGAGCACUUCCUCCUCAGCAGGAAGAUACGAGGACCCUGCUGGCUUGACGUUAAGACCCCUCAGCUGUGCAGCCAGCCGAUGAGCUGGUGCAAAGUGGAGGCCAUUGCUCUGAGAAGCGACCUGAUCUCAGUGAUGAAGGACCUGCCUCCUCCUCCGCUCGUCGUCAUGUCCAUCAGCCUGAAGACCGUUCCCAACCCGAAGACCCACCACAAUGAGAUCGUGUCUCUGGCUGCUCUUAUUCAUUACAAGUUUCCUCUGGACAAGGCGCCUCCACGCAUCCCGUAUCAGACCCACUUCUGUGUGGUGAGCAAACCCACAGACUGCAUCUAUCCGUACGACUUCAAGGACGCGGUUAAGAAGAAGAAUGGGAUUGUAGAGAUUGCAGCGACAGAACGCACUCUUUUGGGCUUCUUCUUGGCCAAGCUGCACAAGAUCGAUCCUGACGUUUUGGUGGGUCACGACAUCUUGGGCUUUGACCUGGAAGUGCUGCUGCAGAGAAUCAACAUGUGCAAGGUGCCAUUCUGGUCCAAAAUAGGGCGGCUGAGGCGGGCCAACAUGCCCAAACUCGGGGGCCGAGGUGGAUUCGCGGAGAAGAGCGCCGCCUGUGGCCGUCUCGUGUGUGACGUCGAGAUCUCCGCUAAGGAGCUGAUUCGCUGUAAGAGUUACCACCUGACCGAGCUGGCAGCGCAGAUCCUGAAGACGGAGCGAGCCGUGGUGCCUCCUGAGAACAUCAGGAACUUCUACAGUGACUCUCCUCACCUGCUCUACCUGUUGGAACUCACCUGGAUGGACGCCAAGCUCAUUCUGCAGAUCAUGUGUGAGCUCAACGUGCUUCCUCUGGCGCUUCAGAUCACCAACAUCGCCGGCAACGUCCUGUCUCGGACGCUGAUGGGCGGACGCUCGGAGAGGAACGAGUACCUGCUGCUUCACGCCUUCCACGAGAAGAACUACAUCGUUCCAGACAAGCAGUUCAUGAAGAAACAUCAACAUGAACCUGGUGAGGAUGAUGAUGUAGAUGCAGGGAAGAGCAAGUCUGGGAAGGUGAGGAAGAAGGCUGCGUAUGCUGGAGGUCUGGUCCUGGAACCUAAAAUUGGUUUUUAUGAUAAGUUCAUUCUGCUGCUGGACUUCAACAGUCUGUAUCCAUCCAUCAUCCAGGAGUUUAACAUCUGCUUCACUACGGUUCAGCGAGAGGCGUCCAGCUCACGCAAAAAGACUGAGGACGAUGACGCGGAUGAGAUUCCGGAGCUUCCGGACCCGGAUCUGGAGAUGGGCGUUCUUCCGAAGGAGAUCCGUAAGCUGGUGGAGCGCAGGCGGCAGGUCAAACAGCUGAUGAAGCAGCCUGAUCUGAACCCUGACCUUUACCUGCAGUAUGAUAUCAGACAGAAGGCUCUGAAACUCACCGCUAACAGCAUGUACGGGUGUCUGGGCUUCUCCUACAGCCGCUUCUACGCCAAACCUCUGGCUGCUCUGGUCACACACAAAGGUAGAGAGAUCCUAAUGCACACCAAAGACAUGGUUCAGAAGAUGAAUCUGGACGUGAUUUACGGAGACACCGACUCCAUCAUGAUCAACACCAACAGCUCCAACCUGGACGAGGUCUUCAAACUGGGCAACAAGGUGAAGAGUGAGGUGAAUAAACUGUACCGGCUGCUGGAGCUCGACAUCGACGGCGUGUUUAAGUCCCUGCUGCUGCUGAAGAAGAAGAAGUACGCCGCUCUGAUGGUGGAGCCGCAGGGAGACGGUCGCUACACCACCAAGCAGGAGCUGAAAGGCCUGGACAUCGUGCGCAGGGACUGGUGCGACCUCGCCAAGGAGUGCGGCAACUACGUGAUUGGUCAGAUUUUGUCGGACCAGAACCGGGACACGAUCCUGGAGAACAUCCAGCAGCAUCUGAUCGAGGUUGGUGAGAAGGUGGCCAACGGCAGCGUCCCUCUCAACAUGUUCGAGAUCCACAAGGCCCUGACGAAGGACCCUCAGGACUACCCGGAUAAGAAGAGUCUCCCUCAUGUGCAUGUGGCUCUGUGGAUCAACUCUCAAGGAGGCCGGAAGGUCAAAGCAGGAGACACCGUGUCCUACAUCAUCUGUCAGGACGGCUCGAAUCUGGCAGCCAGCCAAAGAGCGUACGCUCCAGAGCAGCUCCAGAAGCAGCCGGGUCUGAGCCUGGACACGCAGUACUACCUCUCGCAGCAGGUUCACCCCGUGGUGGGGCGAAUCUGUGAGCCCAUCGAGGGCAUCGAUGCCGUCCUGAUCGCCACCUGGCUCGGUCUGGACCCGGGGCAGUUCCGGGCGCAGCAGCGGCAGCAGCGAGAGGAGGAGUCGGACGGUUUCCUGGGCGUCCCGGCUCAGCUGACAGACGAAGAACGGUACCGCGAUUGCGAGAGGUUCUCCUUCACCUGUCCCGAGUGCGGCACGGAGAACAUCUACGACAGCGUGUUUGAGGGAGCGGGGAGCGUGAUGGAACCGAGUCUGAAGCGCUGCUGUCACGUCCCCUGUAACGCGAGCCCGCUUCAUCACACGGUUCAAAUCAGCAACAAACUGCUACUGGACAUCCGGAGACACAUCCGCAAGUACUACAGCGGAUGGCUGCUGUGCGAGGACCAGGCGUGUGGAAACCGGACACGUCGUCUCCCCAUUGCGUUCUCACGUUCAGGACCGAUCUGUCCCGUCUGCUGCAAGUCCACCCUCAAACCUGAGUAUUCCGAGAAGGCGCUCUACAACCAGCUGAGCUUCUACAGGUUCAUCUUUGAUUGGGAAUACGCCGUCACCAAAGUCCUGCAGGGAGACGAGAAAAUGAAAUUCAAGAAAUACUACAACGAAGAGAGAGAAGUGUAUAAGAAGCUGAAGGCGGUGGUGGACCGCGUCCUGGCGUCCAGCAGCUACUCCGAAGUCAACCUCGCCAAGCUCUUCCAGGCCUUUACGUCGUUAAAGUAAUGUUUUAUUAGCGUAGCGUCUUUCAGGUGAUUGUCGAAACCAGGAUUAGUUUCCGUACACAUGUAUAUACCUGUGUUGUGUGCGAUUCUGAUUUUUUUUUUUUUUUUUGUAUUUUUUGGACAAUCUGUAGUGCUUACCUUAUAUCACCUGUAUUGCUGGUGGUCGUGAUGAUUGCCUCGCUCGUCAAGAGCUUCCUUGAUUGGCUGCUUGUCACUCAACGUCUUUCAUCAUGUCCAUUUAGUAGCCCUGUGUCCUGGUCUUUAAUCGAUCCCAAUUCGGUGGGAAAAUGGACAUGAAGAGAGACUAAAGACCCAUAAAAACACCAGCACACUCAACCCAACCUCUCCCCCUCUCCCCCUCUCCCCCUCUCCCCCUCUCCUCCUCUUCGUUCCUCCACACACAACGAGGGAACAAUCAGGGGUAAUAACUUCUCUCCACCACCACAGGUCCUUGACUGCGUAGCAAUUAGCCAAUGAUACAGGCUUGGUCUGGUGAUUGGAGGAGCUGGGACAGAUUGGACGCUCGUGUUGGACAUUACCUCUACUUUUAUACUUUUUUUACAUGUUGAUUUUAUUUGUUGUUGUUGAUCUGAGUGAAUGUCUGAUCACGUCUCUGUUAAAUGAUUUUAUACUCCAAGUUAAAUAAAGUGAUUUACGAACAA